AGAAUCCUAUUCGUCUUUAUUUUUAUCGUCACCAUUAUUGUGUGGCUCUGCCUGAUUAUUGCUUUUCUUUAGGGAUUCCCAGAUAGCCCAAUCCUACAACCCAAUGGAGUUGUUCUGUGCCCCAACCAUGACCCAGCAGCCAAUGCAAGGAAACAAGGUCCACGUUAUCUUUGCAACUAACUCCUGCUUCCAAGAUGUGAUCUCCUACACGGGCUAAGUGAAGGAAGGCCCUCUCGUUUCAGGAACCAACGUGAAUAUUUCAAGUACUUAUUUUUAAGGGAAAAAUAGCUUGUGGAGAACGAUGCGAUCUUCUUCCCUGUUUGUGGCACGCAGAAUUCCCGUGCAACUCUUGGCUUUAGGGCGAAGUCCGUUUAUUUUCAUCACACCCGUCACCCGUAGUUCCCACCGACGGCAACGGGAGGUGUGUGUGCGCGCGAAACACAAGUGGAAGCUGGAACGCGCUCCCGCUCCGUACCUGGCCUGGCCUUCCAUCGGCGUAAUCAGUGCGCUAACUCAUUGUCACAAAAUUGCUAUUUUUCAGGCAAUCGUUCUCCAAGUGUGCUGUUCACUUGCUGGGCCGGGACCCACUCGGAGCCACAGCCUGGGGCGCCUCCACUUAGGCCAGCGCGGCCUGCGCCUCUGCAGAGGGGCGCUCUGGCCCGGCGGGCUACCUGCGUCCAGGUUCCAGGAGGUUUCCGGUGGCUGGCAAGCCUUUUUCUCCCUACGUGCCGACAAAAUGCACCCCAUGGACACACACACAAGCAUAUGCCUCCGGUGCGGACACGCGCGACACGCACUCACUCCACCCCGCCUCGGACCGCGGCAAGCUUGCUUAUUGCAUUUUCCUUCCACAAAAAAGUUUUGGUGUUUAUGCCGCCCCGUGUUCUCAAAGUACUUUGGCUGCUCAGUUGCAUUUCGCAGGAACCUAGAUCCCGAGUCCUCGGGCUGGGGCGCGUAAACACAGGGACGGCCCCGGGCGACUGCACGCGUCCAUCGCUGAGCUCCCCUGCAAGACGCCGCGCGGAGAGCAGCCCCUGACGCCCGGCCGGGCUGCCGCUGCCGCCGCCGCCGCCGCCGCCACCAUCACAAUGAUCCACGGCUCGCCGCCGCCGCCGCCGCCUCCUCCUCCUCCUCGCGCUCCUCCACCUCCUCCUCCUCCUCCAUGCCAGCGGAGUGAUAUCAGGACGCGCGAGCUCAGUAA